AUGAAGAUGAUUCGAACAUCGGUGAGACUGAUACACACGUCGAGAAGGCUACUACAGUCAGCUCCAGAAGGCACCUCGACGGCCUUGCCUCAGAAGGUGUUGGGAAAGGGCAAGAAGAAGGCGCCGGAGAAGCAGAACUUGGUGAUAUUGAACGCCAAACAGUCCAAGCUGUAUAAGAGGAAGGGUCACCGUUCACAGGAGAACACAGUCAAGAAAUUGGACGAUUUGGAUCUCUCACAGAUCCAAGAGACAACGUCGAAGCUGCUGAACAUCUUUGAUAAAUCUCAAGUGUUUGUCACAGACCAAGAGCUCUGCGACACGGUCAAUGCACACAAGCCUGUGAAUCUACAAAUGUCCAAGCAGAGAUAUAUACAAAUCACCAAUGAGUUAUCCAGUGCGUUCACACUGAAGCAGAUACGGAGAUACAUCUUCAAGGAGCUCUCCAGCCUGUACGCGCCGAAGAAGUGGAAUAAGGCUCAGCUCAUCGACGCCAUUGUCCAAAAAGGUUGGAAUUGUAAGAUUUCAAAAGUCAUCAACCCUUCAGAUGACCUUAUACAGACAAGAUCUUUCUUCUUGACGAAGAAGAAAAUGUUCCUGUUGAUGUCGCACAGCUCUAUCGUACAGAAUUGGAUGAGGGCGAACGUGAGAAUCGUGUUGUUCCCAACAUCUCUACAGUUAGUCAUAAGUGCCAACGAAGCACACCUUCAGUACAUAGAGCUGGCCCUGGAUAGCUUAUUCAACAAUGCGAAGGAACAGGACGUUGACUUGGAAAGUGUUGAGCAGCUAUUUGCAAUAACGGGUGAAACACUACCAUUAGAGGAUAUCCAAAGGUUAUCUAGCGUCUACUUUGAGAAGAAAAACGGAGAUGAACCCCAUUUGUAUACGAUGUCAUCUUUAGGUGAUAGGAAAUUCACAGAGGCUAAAAGAUUGAUUCUUUGGUCUUUGGAUUAUAACCCUUUCAUGAAGGCUCAUUCACACAUCGAUACAAUUUCGCCGAAUGUCAAGUAUUUCAAAACCUUUGCAGACCAGUCAUUCCCAUGGAUUCAUAGAAAGAAGAACUGGUAUAGGCUGAAGGAACCAAAAACGAUCAACAGUAAAACUGACGAGAUUAAGAUCGACUCGAAUGAAAUCUACAAAGAGUUGAAUAGUGAACCAAGCAAACAAGUUUCUUUCAAGCUUGAGGAUCCACAGGAUGUUGUUGCCGUGGCCUUUGGUCAAUUGCUACAGUCCUCGAAUAAGGGAGAUGAUCCAAAGAACAAAACGAUUUUCAACACAGAGAUACCGUUCAUCCAUGAGAAAGUGCUGAAACUACCAUUAUACGACUCCGAAGGCGAACAGAUCGAUACUACGGUAGAUAAUCAUACCUACUAUGCACAAAUCAAGCUGUUGCCUUCGCCUUUCAACAAGUCAAACAGUUACUUGGAAUAUCCACCUAUUGAAUUCUGGUUUGAUAUAGACGAGAGAGAAUCAGUGAAGAAGGAUACCUUACAGGUACUAUGCAUUACAAACGAUCAGAUCUCAAACGUUUCUGUUCCACAGUCAAUAACUGAUUUGAAGUUUGUCAAAUCUCAAAUGACGAACCUGAUUGAUGGUUAUAGAACAGAUGACAAUUGGCUAAAAGACCAACCUGGAAUAAGGGAGUUCUUAAUGAAUGCCAAACUCAACUUCAAUGGACAAGAAAAGAUCUUUGUUCCAGAUUACGUGGACAUUAAACUACCGGGAUCAAAAGAACCUGUGAGAUACGACUACAUCACAAUGUGCCAUAGAAAACAGUUGGAUCUGAGAUAUCACGGAAGAUUAGUAACGUAUGCCGUUAUUGAAGGAGGUUCACUUGGUGGGUCAACCUCUGAGGUGAUAAUGGUAGGAAACGCAGAUGAACUGAAUGAAGAGGGAUUCAACAGCUUGGUCAGUGAUGCCAUAAGUUUUGCAAAAGACCUCGGUGAAUGA